CCCUUUCUUUCAGCCGUGGUUGCGACAGUCUCCGCCGUGAAUGGGUAGCCAAGGUUCUGAAGGAGGCAAACGCGCCCUCGAGCUUCUGCAGCAAGCUCAAAUCUCUACAGCGAGAAGGAGUGAUCGGCUGGUCUCUGCAAAUGGUUUUCGAUGAGGUACGAGCCCAUCUUAUUGGCCCACUGCGACUCCGCCAUGCAAAAUGCCAUCGUCUUCUUUUCGCUGAAGAUCUUGCGGUCAUGCGCGAACUGCUGAUGGCCCUGCUGCAAGUGCGGAUGGUCAAGAGGAGUAGAAGGAGUAAAGCCAUUCAAGAUGCCUCUCCCGAAGCCUAAAGAAGUUCUACAGCGGGAUGCAGUCCGAAUGGACAGAUGUGUUGGCGUCGCUCCGGCACAUUCAUUCUCGUGCGACGUUGGGCAAGGACUGCGGCAUCGUAAUCACCAACAGGUCAUGGAGAGUACUGGAGCAGGAGAUGGGAGAGGGAGGGGUGCGCGUCGUGGUGAAACUGCCACAGCCGCCGGUGACUGAGCAGCCAGACUCCCGUCGCGUAAUGCUCUACAGCACCCACACUCUGCGUCACUCGCGCGAGAUGUGGACGAAAGACGCGGCCGGCUUCUCACGAGAAUUUGGCUCAGCAAACAAGGCAACGAGCACGGUCAUCGUGGGCGGCAACUUCAACUUUCUGGCGUCCAGACGGUUACCAGUCCGGUCCGCCCUCGUCAGAGCCCCAUCAGCCGCUACCACAGCCGCUGCUAUCGCAGCCACCGCUUCCCUCAUUCCAACCGCCGCUUCCACCGCCGCCAACGCUCAGCCAGACCGUAUUACUCUCGGCCCUGACGGGGGACUGAUCUUCGUUCCUCAGUUCGUACUGGACCAGUGCGCCGCAGCAGAUGCGGACGGCCAAUCCUCAAGACGGCUCAACCUCGUCGGCGGUUAUCGAGUCCUCACGCCAACGAGACCGGAGCACCCGCGUCUGAACGGCAAAACCGGUGGCUUGAUCGUAGGUGCAAACAGCAGCCUCUCAUCCCUGCCGCAAACGACGCGCAUUCACGUCUCAGCAGACUGCUGCUCUGGAGAAUCUGCUCAUCGUUUGCGAGGUUGUCUCGUGCUCCACAAACGUGCUCCACAAAGCAAAGUGAGAUCUGGGCCCCGCUGAGCGAGGAUCAGCGUCCUUGCAAGUACUCUGGAGUGCAGCCAGAAUGGGUUCGCGGUGCUGAAAACGUUGCCUCAUGAUCACUCUCGUGCUCUCUUGGCCAAAGAUUGUGGUAUCGUCAUCACAAAUCAAACUUGGCGCAUCGUUGAGCAGGAGGAAGGCGACGGCUGGGUGCGUAUGACGGUCGAGCUGCCGCAGCCGCUCUGCCAAGGUGAGGAGCUCUCUCGACGCAUCGUGCUCUACAGCGUGCACAUGCAGCCGUAUCGACGAGCCUUGUGGGAGGAGGACUUGGGGUGCUUCUCGCGGUACUUCGCGUCGGCAACACA